AUGGAUUUCGUAAAACGUCAGACACUCAAUCUGACGGUGCUCCAACGGCACGACCCAUCGAUUAUUGACAUUUGCGAUCAAUCGCCUCAUGCCGUCGUGUACAAGUUUAUACAGGAUAAGAACAGCUGGGACAAGAUGGGUGUAGAAGGCGUGUUGUUUCUUGUGAAAAGACAAACGGCACCAACAUAUGCUUUAUUCAUAUUGAACCGAUUGAGUAUGGACAACUUUUGUCUUUACUUGAGCGAUAUUCGUGACCUCAGCCUGGCAGAUGAAUUCCUGAUAUGCCAAACGAGUGAAGGAAAAGCGUGUGGUUUAUGGUUAUUCGAGGAAAAGGACAGACAGCGAUUUUUAGAUCGUAUAUUGCAAUUACGAAAGACAAUGGAUGCCAACCCUGUUCAAACACAAGUGGCAUUACCUACUGCCACAGCACCAUCGAGCGGACAAGUCGAUAUUCUCAAAUUAUUCGAGAAAGCAUCAAUUACCCCACAGCAGGCAUCGAUGCCAUCACAGGAACAGAAAACACAAGCAAACAACACUUCCGAUGCUCUUUUGUUGAAUAUGCUGCAAGCUGGACAUGAUGGGUCUGAACAACAACCGCCAAUGCCUCCACCGCCUCCGUUUUCACAUCAGCAACAGCAACCGCCAUUACAUCCUCCCCCACCGCCACCUCCUCCAGCACAACCUGCUGCAGCGUUUUUCAACGGCUAUAAUGGAUUUCCUCAUGGGUCUGAAGAAUUCCAUGACAGUGGCUUUCCUAACACAAGAAGUCAGCAACACCUUCCUGUUCCACCUCCUCCUCAGCAGCUGUUCAACCCGCAGUCAUCACCUAUGCAAUUUCCAUCUCAAUCGCUACCGCAACAACCUCCGGCUGCUGCACCAGCUGCUGCUGCUGUUAUCGGAGGUGCUGGCGAGCCAAACAAAUCGUAUUAUCCGUCAGCUGUACCACCUCAUCCUGCUGCAACCGCAUCGCCGCAAAAGGCUGCAUCUCUAUUGCAAGCAUUGCAAGGUGGUCCUCCACCUCCAGCCGUUCGUCAGUCGCCAAGAAUGUCUGAUCAGCAUCGACCUUGGCCACCAACUGGUGUCAUGUAUCCCUCACCACGACUAGGCGGAGCAGCGAAUGUUACACCGUCGCUGAUGCCGCAAUCCACAAUCAACCUGACACAGCCAGAAGUAGACAUGCGUUUCGCUGGUGAUGGCCGGCCUCUUCUUUCAAAACCGGAAUUCAUCCAACAGUUCCUUAACAUGGUUCAGAACGACACAUCAUUCUUAGAUACGUUAUAUGAACGAUACCGAAACAAACAAGCACCACAACCACCGCCGUUACAACCACCAAUGCCAAUGCCAAUGCCAUCAUCGUCAUUAUCAUCAUUCACAAACACAAACAACAGAGCAAUGCCCCCAUACCAGCCAAUGUGA